CUCAACACUGCCCCCGAGUUGCACACAAUCAUGUCUGCGCUCACUCAUCCAUUCUCAUAAACAUACAGCAUCGCUGCAGCUGCUGUUGUUCAGUCACAUUGCUUCAUCGCCUUCCUACAGUGCCAUUUCGAAUUGUGGGUGCAGCGGAAGAAUUCGACGCAAGGAAUCACUCAGUACUUCAAUCUGCAGCCAUGGAUAACGUUCCCAUUUAUUUCAAGGAGCUCAAGGAAGUUCCCGAGUGGAUGUGGCCUAAUCACGCAUGGCAACUCGCCGUCAACAUCAACAACCUCGAGAAAGUGCAGCUGAAGGUGAAAAUGUGCUGCUCCAAGUGCGUGGAGAAGGUGGUGGAAGAAAUUCGCGAGGUGCCCGGCGUGUUCAACGUAAGGGCAGAGAGACCCUCUAAGGUGGUGGUGGUGAAAAUGCCGAAGCCGAUCGAGGUUGACUGUCACGAGGUUCUGAGAAAGGCGAGGAAGAUCCACAGGAAAGCCAAGUUCGUGGAGUUGGACGCCAAGGAGAAGCCCAAGAAGGAGGACGACAAGAAGAAGGAGGAGGAGAAGAAGAAGAAGAAGGAGGCUGAGGAGAAGAAGAAGAAGAAGGAAGCAGAAGAGCAAAAGAGGAUGGAGCAGACGCUGCCGCCCUCGAUCAGCACCAUUUGGUGGGGCAAGGGACCCGUGCAUUGGGCAGGGUCGGGGUUUUCCGCACCCACCUGGAUUCCUAGAGACUAUACCCCAAGCCAAUCGUACUGGCCUCGAGAUUACUACGACUAUCCGCCGCUGCCAAACGCGCCGGAGGAUGGCUUCUACAGGCGCUACGUGUAUUACAACUAGUCGCCGGGGCAGUUCAAAUCCUGGGAGUGGGAAUAAUAGACAUUGUAAAUGAGUAGGUUGAAAGUAGCAGAAGGGAAGCACCUCAUUUCAGAUUUAAAUUGGAGGGUGGCUUGAUCUAUAGCACAAGAAGCGGGGAAAUGAUGUAGUUAGACCAGAACACCGAGUACGCGUGGGUUUACAAUUUUCUACGAGUAACGAGUAGUAAAUGUGGAGUGCCGAGAAUCAUGUGGCGCGUGAUGCCGAGAACGUCGAGCACAAGGGUCAGUAUGUAGGGAUAGUUGAUUAUGGAGCAUGCGAGGAGCUAGAGGUUGUUUGCGGAGGUUGAGUGCUGCGGAGAGGAAGUUCUGUUGAGAUUGAAUGGGUGUAACAUGUCCAUCUUGAACAAUGUACUUUGGCUAGUCAUUUCAGAAGUAGUUAAUACGUAUUAAUUACUUCUGAAAUGCCAGUUAUGCAUCGGUCUACAGCUGUAGCUACCGAUGCAUUUGUUUGGAGCAUUUCAAGCAAGUAUGGGGCUGUAAGUUUGGACCGAAAUGGCUGAUUGUGGAGGAGUUGUUUCGCAGACUUAAUUGGUACAUUCAUGAAGUAAUCGAAAACAAACUCCAAAAUUUGCGGCUGUAGGGUGGUCGUGGCACAUCUAUCAAUCCCUUUGCUCAGCACAAUUCGCGUACAUCCAUGUCCUUGAAAGGAAGUCUUGUCCCACUCACAGCCUGAACUCGACCGUUUUCAUGGAUAUUAAGCUUGAGGGUGUUGGAAUUUUCCGUGACACUCCGUUUGUCGGUUUCAUGGCAGCUCAGAAUUAUAGUUUAAAAUCCACUAUCGUCUCAUGGUUAUUCAGCUAGGUGAUUACUUAGGUUCAAUAGCCAUGGUGGAGAGAACUAACAGCUGUAGCUGCACAGAGGCAGGGGCAAGACGUAUGACACCGAAGGCUUGUUUAUAUAGGACGUGAUGCCGGAAUCGACAGAAGAAGAUAGCUUGAAAGUCUUCCGCGGACCCUGUAGUUCCUAACACAACAAAGAACACGGACGCCAGGUCGCGACAGAGAUGGCCAUUAAUGUUCUUGAGAAUGUGCUCUCGUUAUCAUUCCAGACCCCACCGUGUGCAAGGUGGUGAUGGACGACCACUUGAAGUAGAACAUGGAUUUACUCAUGUCAUAACUCUG